AUGGCAGGCAAAUCACGCUGGGCCGACAGCGAAGAGGACGCUGCGCUCGAGGCGAAACUCAAGCGAGAAAAGGAAGAGAAGAAGCGCCUGAAAGCCGAGAAAGCACGCAAAGCCGCAGAGGAGGAACAGCGCCGCGCCGCGGAAGCAGCAACGCGACAGCAGGCAGCAGCAGCAGCACUACCACCACAAGACCAAGACGAAGACGACGCCAGACGACCUGCGAAACGAAGGAAACUCACACCAGACCCCGAUGCCCGGCCGCAAGCACAAGGAACCGCAUCGGUGCAGCCCUCUGACAAGCCAGAAGAUGACGAGGGCACCAAACUUCUGCGCUUCGAGUGCAACGGCUUCGGCCCCGCGCCGAGCGUGGAGAACUACGAUAAACUGAACGACAUCGAGGAGGGUGCCUACGGCUGGGUGACGCGGGCGAAGGAUCUGCGGAACAACCGCGUCGUGGCGCUCAAGCGACUCAAGCUCGACGACAGCGCGCAGAACCGCGUCGGACUGCCGGAGACGGGGCUGCGCGAGAUCCAGAUCCUCAAGGACUGCUCCCACCGCAACGUCGUCGAGCUGCACGAGGUGGUGGUCAACGACGGCGCCGCCACCGCCGGCAGCGGCGGGGCCCCGGGCCGCAUCGAGUCCAUCUUCCUGGUGCUCGAGUUCGUCGAGCACGACCUCAAGUCCAUCCUCGAGGACAUGCCGGAGCCCUUCCUGGCGUCCGAGGUCAAGACGCUGAUGCUGCAGCUGGCGUCGGGCGUGGCCUACCUGCACGAGAACUGGGUGCUGCACCGGGACCUCAAGACGUCGAACCUGCUGCUCAACAACCGCGGGCGGCUCAAGAUCGCCGACUUCGGCAUGGCGCGCUACGUGGGCGAGCCGGCGCCGCCCAAGCUGACGCAGCUCGUGGUGACGCUGUGGUACCGGGCGCCGGAGCUGCUGCUGGGGGCGCGCACCUACGGGGCGGCCGUCGACAUGUGGAGCGUGGGCUGCAUCUUCGGCGAGCUGCUGACGCGCGAGCCGCUGCUGCAGGGCCGCAACGAGGUCGACGAGCUGACCAAGAUCUUCGAGCUGUGCGGCAUCCCGACCGAGGAGGUCUGGCCCGGGUUCCGGCGCCUGCCCAACGCCCGGAGCCUGCGCCUGCCCAAGUCGUCGGCCACGACGGGGUCCGUCAUCCGGGCCAAGUUCCCGCUGCUCACGGCCGCCGGCAGCGCCCUGCUCAACGGCCUCCUCAGCCUGGACCCGGACCGCCGGCCCAGCGCCAAGGAGAUGCUGCAGCACGAGUACUUUGCCCAGGACCCCAAGCCGAAGCACGAGGACAUGUUCCCAACGUUCCCGAGCAAGGCGGGCCAGGAGAGGCGGCGGCGGCGGGAGACGCCGAACGCGCCGGGGCGAGGACAGAAGGCUGCGGACCUGGGGAGUGUCGAUUUCAGCGGCAUCUUCGCGGGCAGGGAGAAGGAGGAACGGGGCGGCGGCUUCACGUUACGGAUGGUGUAG